CUUGUUAGCUUUGAAUUCCAAAUCUGUUUGUUAGCCGUCACAUAUAAAACCAUACGUAGAAUUAAUGAAAGAAAAGCACAAUACCCAUCCAGUCAUGGAUGCCCAUGUCCUGAUCUUCCCUCUCCCUCUCCAAGGCCCCAUCAAUUCCAUGCUCAAACUCGCUGAGCUUUUAUGCCUCCGCCAAAUCAAUGUCACUGUCGUCAUCACUCAACACAUCCAACGCCGCCUCUUCGAUUCCUCCGCCAUCCAAACUUACAUGGAAACGAACUAUGGCGGCGCCUUUCGCUUCGAAUCCAUCCCCGACGGCCUGUCUGAAGAGCAUCCCCGAACAAUUCGCGAGUUCUCGGCAUUGUUGGCAUCAUUGUCUGCGGUGGCCCCGCCUAUCUUGCAACAGAUGGUGUCGGUGAGGGAGAUCAGUUGCAUUGUUGCUGAGGGGAUUUUUUCCUUUGCGAGUGAUAUAGCUGGUGAGAUUGGAGUGCCACUAUUCUAUUUUGAUACUUAUAGUGCUUGUGCGCUUUGGGCUAACAUGUGUCUCCCUCAACUCAUUCAGGCUGGGGAACUUCCCUUCAAAGAUGACAACUUGGACGAAACUAUCAGAAACGCCCCCGGCAUGGAAGGAAUCAUUCGCCGACGCGACCUUCCAAGCCUCUGCCGCGGCAUCGACUUGGAAGAUCCUGAGAUCAAGCUGCUUCUGAAGCAGGCACACUUGAUGCCCCUUUCUCAAGGGAUCAUCUUGAACACUUUUCAUCAACUUGAUUCUUCACUUUUAUCUCAUAUGUUCAAACUCUUCCCAAACAUCUACGCCAUCGGCCCCCUCCACACUCUCCUUCAAACACAAACAUCUCAGAACACCUCCUCCAGCAUCUUGCCAGAAGACAGGAGCUGCAUUUCUUGGCUCGACAAACAGCCCUCGAAAUCGGUUGUGUACGUCAGCAUUGGGAGCCUUGCUCUCAUGACAAAGGAUCAGUUUCUUGAGUUUUGGUAUGGUUUGGUGAAUAGUGGGUCGAGAUUUUUAUUGGUUCAGAGGCCAGGUUCGGUGGCUGGAUUGGAUGAUGGGAUUCCUGAGGAGUUGUUGGAGGGUGCGGGAGGGAGAGGGUGUGUUGUGAGUUGGGCGCCGCAGCAGGAGGUGUUGGAUCAUCGGGCUGUUGGGGGGUUUUUGACGCACUGUGGGUGGAACUCGAUUCUGGAGAGUGUGGUGGCAGGGAAGCCGAUGAUUUGUUGGCCGCAUCAUUUUGACCAACAAGUGAAUAGUAGGUAUGUGGGAGAGGUUUGGAAGGUGGGAUUGGACAUGAAGGAUAGUUGUGAUAGAGUUGUGGUGGAGAAGAUGGUGAGAGAGGUUAUGGAGUUGAGGAAGAAUGAGUUCUUGGAAAGGGCUCGACAACAGUCGGAGGCGGCUAGGUCAAGUGUUGGCGAAGGCGGGUCUUCGGCCAAAGAUUUGGAUCGCUUGAUUGAUGAUAUCAAGAAUAUGAAAUUGCUCCCCAAACACCACUAAUGGAGUACUCCCUCCAUCCGUGAAAUAAUGUCAUACUCCCUAUGUCCCAUUAGAAAUGAAACGUUUUCCUUUUUAGGU